GAGGCUACAACAAAGGCUUCGAAAACAUGACCAUCAGCCUCGGAGACCACGACCUCACCACGAAGAACGACACAGAGAACGUUGCCCUUAAGGUGAAAUACAUCGACUGGAACCUUCAUUAUCACGCGCACAGAAUCUACAAUGACAUCGCGAUCUUAGAACUCGAGGAACCUGUGAUCUUCCGAGAUGGAAUUAGCGCUGUUAAGCUGCCGACUGACCUGGACGAUCAGUUCGAGGGCCAGAACGCCACGCUCACAGGCUGGGGGAGGCACAAACUGAAGAGUUACGAGACCAGUCCUGUGCUGAAGGAGUACACGGCGCCCUUGGUGGAUAUCGACGAGUGCAUAGAGGCGUGGGAGCCGCAUCCUUCGCUCACUCCUCGGCUCUCCAAUGUGUGCCUGAAUGUGACUUGGGGCGCGCCGUGUCACGGUGACUCAGGCAAGCCCCUAGUGACGUGCUCAGGCCUGCAGUGUACCCAGAUCGGAGUCAUGAGCUUCGGAUCUCCCUCAUGCGAGAACGUGGGUCUUCCCGAAGUGUUUCACUCGGGUUACUUCCUUUCAAGCCGUGUGGAUCGACAUGAACCAGUUACAACUUACGGGGGGAUGCCCCUCAUUGAGUUGUUAAACUUGGGAUCGCCAGUUGGAGAUCUUAGAAGGCUCCUAUCCUAG